AUGCAUGGUGAAAUAUUAAACUUUAAUGUUAGGCAAAAUGUGCUAAUUGAUUUUAAAGCUGGGGGUUUAUUCUAUACUUGGAAUAAUAAGCAGCAAGGGAGUGAUAGAGUGUGCACAAAGAUUGAUAGGAUCUUGGUUAAUGAGCUGUGGAAUGAAAACUGCAGGGAGUUUGGAGCUGAUUUCUUGCCUGAGGGAUUAAUGGAUCAUUGUCCUUGUAUUAUGAGAUUGCUAUCAGAAGCUGUACAACAGGCUUGGAAUAGUGAUGUGAGAGGAACUGAUAUGUUUAUUAUGGUGAAAAGGCUGCAAAAGGUGAAAGAAGCUCUCAAGGUGUUAAAAUUGACUAAUUUCUCCUCAGUGGAGAGUGCAGAUGCCAGUGCUGAUGCUGAGUUAGCAAGGGUGCAGUGUCAUCUGAACAAUGAUCCUCAGAAUUCGGAGUUGAUUCAAAUGGAAAGUGAUGCCAGCAUCCAGCUUGAGAAUGGUGAUUUCAUUCAGGACCCUAAUAAAAUAGCAGAAGCUUUUAUUGGUUUCUAUAAAGAAUUAUUAGGCACUGGUGGGAUCCCUUCUACACAAGUCCAUCAAGCUGUUAUAGAUGCAGGCCCUAUUGUGAAUAAUGAGAAACAUCUGAGUAUUUGCAGAGAGUUUACUAAGGAAGAUGUGAGAAAUGCUGUGUGGAGUAUUGAGGAUGACAAGGCACCUGAACCUGAUAGGUUCUCCAGCAAAUUUUUUAAGAAUCCUUGGGGAGUGGUGAAGAAUGAGGUGUGUAAGACAGUUUUGGGAUUCUUUGAGCAUGGUCAGCUGCUGAAACAGGUGAAUGCAACUACUAUGACUCUGGUACCUAAAUUAGAUAAUGCUACUAGAGUUACUUUGUUUAGGCCAAUUGCAUGUUGUAAUGUGUUGUACAAGAUCAUUUCUAAGAUGUUGUGUGAAAGGUUCAAAGAGGUGAUGCCUGGUUUGAUUAGUGAGAAUCAAAGUGCUUUUAUUGCUAGAAGAUCUAUUUUGGACAACAUCUUAGUGUGCCAGGAUAUGUUAAAAGAGUACAAUAAUAAGAGAAAGUCUCCUAGAUGUACUAUUAAGGUGGAUUUGAGGAAAGCUUAUGGUUCUGUGCACUGGUCUUUUAUUCAUGAUAUGCUGCAGGCUUUGAACUUCCCAAGUAAAUUCAUAUCUUGGGUCAUGGAGUGUGUUACUUCCCCUUCUUUCUCUAUUAUGAUUAAUGGUGGUCUGAAUGGCUUUUUUAAGGGCAAGAGAAGGAUCAGGCAAGGUGAUCCUAUGUCACCAUUGGUGUUUGUCAUUGUGAUAGAGUACCUAUCAAGAUUGCUUAAAAAAGUGGGGGCAAAGAGAGGCUUUAGAUUCCAUCAAAGAUGCAAGUCUUUAAGGUUAAAACACUUAAUUUUUGCUGAUGAUUUGAUGUUAUUUUCCUAUGCUGAUAAGAAAUUUGUCUCUUUUCUAGUAAGGGCUCUUAAAGCUUUUGAGGGUUGCUCUGGUCUACAGGCUAAUGUUGAUAAAUCUGCUAUCUAUUUUGGGAGUGUGCAGCCUGAAGUGCAGCAAGGAAUUGUGACUGAGUCUGGUUUGUGUGUGUUGUUACCUACGUCAGUCAUCUUGAGGAUUACUCAGCUGUGCAGAGCUUUUCUUUGGUGUGGAGAUGUUGUUUUGUCUAAGGCCCCCCCAAUUGCUUGGGAUUGGGUUUGCAAAAGCAAAGCUGAGGGUGGCUUAGGAAUUAGAGACUGUGGGAUGUGGAACGGGGCAGCUUUGGGGAAGUAUGUGUGGAAAAUAGCUAAGAAAGAAGAUUCUCUUUGGGUGAAAUGGGUUCAUGCUGUGUACAUUAAAGAACAAGACUGGUGGACUUAUAGUCCUAAGAGAUCUGCAGAAUAUCUGAGUGCUAUAAGUGGCUGCAGGGAACUGGAACUAAGGUGGAUUGGUGUAAAUGGGUAUGGAAUAAGUUCAAUAUUCCCAAGCAUUCGUUUAUACUAUGGCUUGCUAUGCAUGAUAGACUCAGAACAAGAGAGAAGCUCUGGAAAUAUGAUGUAUGUGCUGAAGAUAGUUGUUUGUUGUGUGGUGCUAGUAUUGAGGACAGACAGCAUCUGUUCUUUAAUUGUAGAUACAGUCAAGAGUAGCAGUGAAAGUAAGGUGCAGCAGAAGGUGGUUCUGGCAGUUCUUGCUUGUGUUGUCUAUCAUAUUUGGUUUGCUAGGAAUGCUGCUUUCUGGCAGAAAGAUGUUAUUCACCCUUCAAACCUGUGUAAGGGUAUUGGUAGGUCCUUUUCAGUUGUGGUCUGUGUCCUUCCUAGAAGGCAGCAGACUGCUUCUGAUCAGGUUUUGCUUUAA